ACAAUAAACAGUAGUUUCUGCUAGAAAAUAAAAACCUCAUAAAGAUAAGCAUUAUUCAACAAACAAACUUUACAAUAAUACUACUAAUUGUUUUUCCAUUCUGAUGAAUAUGGAAAAUCACAAUGAUUCUUCUGAGUUACAUAAUUGGUUUCAAUACAGUGAUCCUUCACACUUUCCUCCUCAAAUUCUACCUCAAAAUAUCUCUGAUUCUUCUUCUGCUUCUUUUCAAUAUAGUGAGUUUCAGCCAUGGAGUAAUUUACCUGUUGAAGGAAGUUUAGAAGAUAGAGCAGCAAGUGCUUCCAAAAGUCAUAGUCAAGCAGAGAAGAGACGCAGAGAUAGAAUCAAUACUCAGCUUGCUAAUCUCAGAAAACUCAUUCCUAAGUCUGAUAAGAUGGACAAAGCAGCUUUACUAGGGAGUGUAAUAGAUCAUGUCAAAGACCUAAAGAGAAAAGCAAUGGAUGUUAGCAGAGUCAUCAACGUUCCAACUGAAAUCGAUGAAGUAUCAAUAGACUACAACCAUGUUAUCGAAGACGAAACCAGCACUAACAAAGUAGACAAAUUAAAGAGCAAUAUCAUCAUCAAAGCUUCUGUUUGCUGCGACGAUCGACCCGAACUGUUCUCCGAACUAAUUCAAGUCCUCAAAGGGUUAAGACUUACAACAGUAAAAGCAGACAUAGCAAGUGUUGGUGGCAGAAUCAAAAGCAUAUUGGUGCUUUGUUCUAAGGACAGUGAAGAGAAUGUUUGCAUCAACACUCUCAAACAGUCCCUUAAAUCAGCAGUGACCAAAAUUGCUUCAUCAUCAAUGGUAUCUAAUUGUCCUACUAGAAGUAAGAGGCAAAGGUUCUUUUUGCCUUCACAUUUCGUAUAGUAAAAAUUUUAUUUUGUCUUCACCUCCUUUUUUUAUUAGGAGGGUCAUAGUGGGGGCAAUUCUUUGUUUGGUUUUUGAAUAAUUAUUAUAUACUUAUUAGGUAUAUAGUUUGUUCAUUAGGGAGAUGAAAUGUUGGUCUUGUACCACCAAUUAAGGAAAAGGAAAAGUUAAAGUGGGAAAUUGAAAGCAAGCAUAUGCAAAAAGUUAAGAAA